AUGGGCUCGGGGCGCGUGCCUGGGCUCUGCCUGCUCGUCCUGCUUGUCCAAGCCCGCGCCGCCCAGCACAGCAAAGCCGCACAAGAUGUGGACGAGUGUGUGGAGGGGACCGACAGCUGCCACAUUGAUGCUAUCUGCCAGAACACCCCACGCUCGUACAAGUGCAUCUGCAAGUCUGGCUACACGGGGGACGGCAAACACUGCAAAGAUGUGGAUGAGUGUGAACGAGAGGAUAAUGCAGGUUGCGUGCACGACUGUGUCAACAUCCCUGGCAAUUACCGAUGUACCUGUUACGACGGAUUCCACCUGGCACAUGAUGGACACAACUGUCUGGAUGUGGACGAGUGCGCCGAGGGCAACGGUGGCUGCCAGCAGAGCUGCGUCAACAUGAUGGGCAGCUACGAGUGCCACUGCCGGGAGGGCUUCUUCCUCAGUGACAACCAGCACACGUGCAUUCAGCGGCCAGAAGAAGGAAUGAACUGCAUGAACAAGAACCACGGCUGUGCUCACAUUUGCCGGGAGACACCCAAAGGGGGUAUUGCCUGUGAAUGCCGCCCCGGCUUCGAGCUCACCAAGAACCAGCGGGACUGCAAACUGACGUGCAACUACGGGAACGGUGGCUGCCAGCACACGUGCGACGACACAGAGCAGGGUCCCCGGUGCGGCUGCCACGUCAAGUUCGUGCUCCAUACCGACGGGAAGACGUGCAUCGGGGAAAGGCGGCUAGAGCAGCACGUCCCCCCUCAGGCCGUUUCUAAUGAGACCUGUGCUGUCAACAAUGGGGGCUGUGACAGUAAGUGCCACGACGCAGCGACGGGUGUCCACUGCAGCUGCCCUGUGGGCUUCAUGCUGCAGCCAGACAGGAAGACCUGCAAAGACAUAGACGAGUGCCGCUUGAACAAUGGUGGCUGCGACCACAUUUGCCGCAACACAGUGGGCAGCUUUGAAUGCAGCUGCAAGAAGGGCUAUAAGCUUCUCAUCAACGAGAGGAACUGCCAGGAUAUAGACGAGUGUUCCUUUGACCGAACCUGUGACCACAUAUGUGUUAACACGCCGGGCAGUUUCCAGUGCCUCUGCCAUCAUGGCUACCUGCUGUAUGGUGUCACCCACUGUGGGGAUGUGGAUGAGUGCAGCAUCAACCGGGGAGGCUGCCGCUUCGGCUGCGUCAACACUCCUGGCAGCUACCAGUGUACCUGCCCCGCGGGCCAGGGCCGGCUGCACUGGAAUGGCAAGGAUUGCACAGAGCCGGUGAAGUGUCCGAAUGGUCCCGGUGCCUCAAAAGCCAUGCUCAGCUGCAACCGGUCUGGCAAGAAGGACACCUGUGCCCUGACCUGCCCCUCCCGGGCCCGGUUUUUGCCAGAGUCUGAAAAUGGCUUCACGGUGAGCUGUGGCACCCCCAGCCCCAGGGCCAUUCCAGCCCGAGCUGGCCACACCGGGAACAGCACAAACUCCAACCACUGCCAUGAGGCUGCAGUGCUGUCGGUUAAGCAGCGGGCCUCCUUCAAGAUCAAGGACGCCAAAUGCCGUUUGCACCUGCGAAACAAAAGCAAAAUGGAGGAGGCCAGCAGAAUCCUGGGGCCAGGUGGUGCCCCCUGCUCUGACUGCCAGGUCACCUUCAUCCACCUCAAAUGUGACUCCUCUCGGAAGGGCAAGGGCCGGAGGGCCCGGACCCCUCCAGGCAAGGAAGUCACUCGGCUCACCCUGGAACUGGAGGCAGAGGUCAGAGCCGAAGAAACCACAGCUGGCUGUGGCCUGCCCUGCCUCCGACAGCGGAUGGAACGACGGCUGAAAGGGUCCCUGAAGAUGCUUAGAAAGUCCAUUAACCAGGACCGCUUCCUCCUGCGCCUGGCAGGCCUGGAUUAUGAGCUGGCCCACAAACCAGGCCCUGCAGCUGGGGAGCGAGCCGAGCUGGUGGAGGCCUGUAGGCCCGGGCAGCACCGCACUGGGGCCAAGUGUGUCAGCUGCCCGCAGGGGACGUAUUACCACGGCCAGACGGAGCAGUGUGUGCCAUGCCCAGCGGGCACCUUCCAGGAGAGAGAAGGGCAGCUCUCCUGCGACCUUUGCCCUGGGAGUGAUGCCCACGGGCCUCUUGGAGCCACCAACGUCACCACGUGUGCAGGUCAGUGCUCACCUGGCCAACACUCUGUAGAUGGGUUCAAACCCUGCCAGCCAUGUCCACGUGGCACCUACCAACCUGAAGCAGGACGGACUCUGUGCUUUCCGUGUGGUGGGGGCCUCACCACCAAGCACGAGGGGGCCAUCUCCUUCCAAGACUGUGACACCAAAGUCCAGUGCUCCCCUGGGCACUACUACAACACCAGUAUCCAUCGCUGCAUCCGCUGUGCCAUGGGAUCCUAUCAGCCCGACUUCCGUCAGAACUUCUGCACCCGCUGUCCCGGAAACACCAGCACUGACUUUGACGGCUCCACCAGCGUGGCCCAGUGCAAGAAUCGUCAGUGUGGUGGGGAGCUGGGUGAGUUCACUGGCUAUAUCGAGUCCCCCAACUACCCAGGCAACUACCCAGCCGGUGUGGAGUGCGUCUGGAACAUCAACCCCCCACCCAAGCGCAAGAUCCUUAUCGUGGUACCCGAGAUCUUCCUGCCAUCUGAGGACGAAUGUGGGGACGUCCUCGUCAUGAGAAAAAACUCCUCCCCAUCCUCCAUUACCACCUAUGAGACCUGCCAGACGUACGAGCGCCCCAUCGCCUUUACAGCCCGCUCCAGGAAGCUCUGGAUCAACUUCAAGACAAGCGAGGCCAAUAGUGCGCGUGGCUUCCAGAUCCCCUAUGUCACCUACGACGAGGACUACGAGCAGCUGGUAGAAGACAUUGUGCGAGAUGGCCGGCUCUAUGCGUCUGAAAACCACCAAGAGAUUUUAAAGGACAAGAAGCUCAUCAAGGCCUUCUUUGAGGUGCUGGCUCACCCCCAGAACUAUUUCAAGUACACAGAGAAGCACAAGGAGAUGCUGCCAAAAUCCUUCAUUAAGCUGCUCCGCUCCAAAGUUUCCAGCUUCCUGAGGCCCUACAAAUAGUACCCCUAUGCCCAAGACCCAGGUUUUGAAGACUCCACACGCCUUAGCCCUCAGAGCCGACAGCCCCCACCCUCGGAUGAGGAACUCUCUUCUCUGUUUUCAGAGAAAAAAAAUCACUAGAUAGACCAAGAAUUCUCCCUUUCUGUCUCUCUAGUGUCCUUGUCUCUCUGCCUCUCUCUUUCUCUUUCCCCCUCUCCUGUUUUUCCUUUUCCUACACAUUCCCUGGAAAAGCCUUUCAGUACUGGCCCUAUUCCCCCUGAGGGGUGAAGGAACAGUACCCACGCUCCUCCCCAGCCACA